AUGGCAAGACAGCACAGAGAUAAAUACCUACUUUGUACUCAACUCCCAAGUUCAGCAUUUGCUACAAAACAGUCCACAGCACCACAAGUCCCUGGUUCCAACUACCUAUGCAACUCCAAAAAAUUAUCAUGUGACACCUUCAUAGUGUACAGAGCUCAAGAAGGCUAUCAGAAUCUCUCUUCCAUAUCCUCUCUAUUUGAUACUGACGAAUCCUUACUCCGCCAUUACAAUCCAAUGGCAAAAAAUGAUUCAUUGACGUUGCAGCUUGGUCGAGAGAUCAUUGUCCCUGUCACUUGCUCAUGCCUCAAGGGAUUCUCUCAGGCCCUCUACUUGUACAAUGUUUCUCAGCCAGAUUCUUUGCACACAAUUGCUUGCGAAUUGUUUGAAGGUUUGGUGAAGGCAAAAAGUCUAAUAGUGCAUAACCCCGAUUUUGAAGAAAACAGUCCCUAUAACGAUCUUAUUCAAGUGCCUGUUCGAUGUGCUUGUCCUGAGACUUCUGAGACAGAAAAGGGUAUAAAGUUCCUUGUGACAUAUCCACUUAGGGAGCAAGAUCAUACAGGUAGGAUUGCUCGUAAAUUUGAAGUGCCUGAAAGAAUGAUCUGGGAUGCUAAUAGAUUAGACCCAUAUACAACUAUAAUCCCUCAGACUACUAUACUCAUUCCCACAAUGGGUGUUCCUGUCCUGAAUUUGGAUGUUUCCACUCUCCCUGGAACUCCCCCUCCGCGUUCUCGGCCUGCUAUUGAAAUCAUGCCAGUUACAAACUCGAAAAACAGGAAUUUCAGUGUGUACCUUGGAGGGGUUGUUGUCGCGGGUAUUGUUGUAAUGGCUAUAACUUGUGGAGUUCUAAUAAUCACCAGGAAAAGGAGACAACGUCGCAAUUUUAAACCCUUGUUUAUCAUAAAUUCGCCAUUGGAAAAUUUCCCCCCUGAUUUUAUUGAUGGGAUGUACAAGUUGAAACACUCACUGAUUUCUUUCAGCUUGGAGGAGAUGAGGAUUGCAACUGAAAAUUUCCGCCAGGCAUGUGAGAUUGGUACAGCAGUGUAUCGAGGUAAGAUUUGUGGUUCUUACAUGGCAAUCGAACAGAUGAAUUCAAAGGAAGAAGCCCACCAUGUUAUCGGUAUUCUGACAAAGGUCAAUCAUCUAAACAUAGUGAAGCUUGAGGGCUGCUGUUACGAAAACACGCCUUAUCUUGUGUUUGAGUUUGCUGAGAAUGGUAGCUUAAGAGACUGUUUAUCAAACUCAAAAUUGUCUAGGCAGUUCACAUGGACAAAAAGAUUGCAGAUUGCUUUUGAUGUUGCAGAGGGACUUCAUUACAUACAUCACUGCACAAAGCCAAUAUAUGUCCAUCGGAACAUAAACAGCAAACUAGUGCUUAUAACCAAGGAUUGGAGAGCCAAGAUUUCUGGGUUUAAAUCCGCGAAACCUCUGAUUUGCAAUGAAGAAAAGGUAGAGACUAAUUGGAAUGAAGCUGGGAUAGUAGGAACAAAUGGGUACUUGGCACCUGAAUAUCUUACUUAUGGGCAGGCUUCGACCAAAGUGGAUGUAUACGCAUUUGGGGUCGUUUUACUUGAGCUUUUAUCGGCUAAAGAGGCCAUUGCAGAAGGGAUUUUCGUGAAGAAUUCUCUUGGGUUUUUGGCCGAUUGUGGGCUUGAAGAUUCUUCAGAGUGCUUGGAGAAAUUCAAGGGAUUCAUGGACCCUGUCUUGGAGGGAGAUUACCCGUUUGGUGAUGCUGUGUGUCUAGCAGUCUUAGCCAAAGGUUGUGUGGUGGAGGACCCUCUUCACAGGCCCACCAUGAAUGAUGUUCUGAAGGCUCUUUCAAGUAUUCUCUGA